AUGGCGUCAUCGAUGGUGACAAAAACCCUAAAAACCCUCAACCGUUACGCCCUCACAGCUCUUACCUCCACUAACCGCCAGCUCAGCGUCUCCCCGGCCUCCCGAAAAUCGGAAGACGACGCCGCAUCCUGCACCUUCUCCUCCGGCGGGCACGACCGUUCGAAACAUUCCGAGACGCUCAAAACGCCGUGGAAGCGAAAUCUCAAGUGCCCUACUUUAGCUCUUGCCAAGGCUAUUGCAGCUGAGUGGGAGUACCAGCAAUCAGAUGGAAUAAGACCCUUUACAAUGCCUCUGAUGAAGCUCGCAUGUACGGCAUUGGAAAGAGUUCCGAAUCCGGGUUUAAGCCCGUUGUGUACACAAGUUUUUUCGGCGGGAAACAGGAGGAGGGUCUGGGUCGAAGCCGUUGAGAACGUUCUUAAGAAGACUGAUGACUGUGAACUUGUUGCGAUUGAUGCCAUUGCUUCAGCUGCUCACUCAUUGAAGCAAUUGGCAUUUUUCGCGGUCAGUUGA